AUGAGCAGCAUUAUCAUCACUGCUACUCAAUACAGCAUUGAGCAGAGUAUCAGAAAGUCUCUUUUCCCACUUCUUGGUCAUCUCUGGUGGGAAAUACGAUCCACGAGAGGUGCCUUGCAAACAGCUGCAGCGGUAAAAGCUCCCAUUCCCGAAAAAGAAAAGAAGAUGCGUGCCUUACAAAAAAAGCUCACGGAUAUUGAAAAACUGAAAGCGCGGAAAGAAAGCGGCGAGCAGUUGGAAGCCAAUCAAUUGUCGAAAAUUGAGAGGGAAGAAGAGAUCAUUGAGGAAUUGGAAAAAUUAAAACUCAGCUAG